AUGGCGGCUCCGCUGAGUGACCUGGAGAAGCGAAAGCAGAUCAGUGUUCGCGGCAUCGCCGGCGUCGCAGACGUCGCUGAGAUCAAGCGGACUUUUAACCGACACCUGCACUUCACGCUGGUGAAGGACAGAAACGUAGCGACGCCUCGGGACUACUACUUCGCCCUGGCCCACACCGUCCGGGACCAUCUGGUGGGCCGCUGGAUCCGGACCCAGCAGUACUACUACGAGACAGACCCAAAGAGGGUUUAUUAUCUGUCUCUGGAGUUCUACAUGGGUCGAGCGCUGCAGAACACCAUGAUCAACCUGGGCCUGCAGAACACCUGCGACGAGGCCAUUUACCAGUUGGGUCUGGACCUGGAGGAGCUGGAGGACAUUGAGGAGGACGCUGGUCUCGGUAAUGGAGGUCUGGGACGACUGGCAGCCUGUUUCUUAGACUCCAUGGCGACGCUCGGUCUCGCGGCGAAUGGCUACGGGAUCCGCUACGAGUUUGGCAUCUUCAACCAGAAGAUUAGCAAUGGCUGGCAGGUGGAGGAAGCAGAUGAUUGGCUGAGGUAUGGAAACCCCUGGGAGAAGGCGCGGCCUGAGUACAUGCUGCCCGUUCACUUCUACGGUCAGGUGGACACGACGGAGACGGGAGUGAAGUGGUUGGACACACAGGUGGUGUUGGCGAUGCCCUAUGACACACCUGUACCUGGUUACCGUAACAACACGGUGAACACGAUGAGGCUGUGGUCAGCGAAAGCGCCUAAUGAUUUCAAACUGCACAACUUUAAUACAGGAGGUUACAUUGAAGCUGUUCUGGACAGGAACCUGGCAGAGAACAUCUCCAGAGUCCUCUACCCCAACGACAACUUCUUUGAGGGGAAGGAGCUGCGUCUGAAGCAGGAGUACUUCCUGGUGGCAGCGUCCCUGCAGGACAUCAUCCGCAGGUUCAAGUCGUCCAAGUUUGGCUGCAGAGACCCGGUGAGGACGUCCUUCGACACAUUCCCCGACAAGGUGGCGAUCCAGCUGAACGACACCCACCCGGCCCUCGCCAUCCCCGAGCUGAUGAGGAUCCUGGUGGACGUAGAGAAGGUGGACUGGGACAAGGCGUGGGACAUCACAUGUCGUACAUGUGCUUACACAAACCACACGGUUCUUCCUGAGGCUCUGGAGAGAUGGACUGUUCCCAUGUUUGAACAACUGCUGCCGAGACAUCUGCUCAUCAUCUAUGAGAUCAACCAGAGACACCUGGACAGAAUCCGGUCCAUAUUUCCCGGGGACAGCGAGCGUCUCCGCCGCAUGUCUCUGAUCGAGGAGAGUUCCCCAAAGAGGAUCAACAUGGCUCAUCUGUGCGUGGUCGGAUCACACGCCGUCAACGGUGUCGCUCGGAUUCACUCUGACAUUGUCAAGAACACAGUGUUCAAAGACUUUUAUGAAGUUGAUCCUCAGAAGUUUCAGAAUAAAACAAACGGUGUAACUCCUCGACGCUGGCUGCUGCUCUGUAACCGUGGCCUCGCUGAUGUCAUCACCGAGAGAAUCGGGGACGGUUUCCUUGGCGACCUGCAGCAGCUGAAGAAGAUCCUUCAGUUUGUGGAUGACGACUCUUUCAUCAGAGGUGUGGCCAAAGUCAAACAGGAGAACAAACUCAAGUUCGCCUCCUACCUGCAGAAGGAGACGCAGCAGCGUGUGAAUCCUGAAUCCAUGUUUGACGUCCAGGUGAAGAGGAUCCACGAGUACAAGAGACAAGUGCUCAACGUCCUGCACGUCAUCACGCUCUACAACCGACUGAAACUGGAGCCUGACACGGAGUUUGUUCCCAGGACAGUGAUGAUCGGAGGCAAGGCGGCGCCAGGUUACCAUGUGGCAAAGCUGAUCAUUAAACUGAUCACUUCAGUGGGUCAUGUGAUCAAUAAUGAUCCUGCAGUGGACGACAAACUCAAAGUGAUUUACCUGGAAAACUACAGAGUGUCUCUGGCUGAGAAAGUUGUCCCGGCCGCUGACCUGUCAGAGCAGAUCUCCACAGCAGGGACAGAAGCUUCUGGAACAGGAAACAUGAAGAUGAUGAUGAACGGAGCUUUGACCAUCGGGACGAUGGACGGAGCCACAGUGGAGAUGGUGGACGAAGCCGGAGAGGACAACGUCUUCAUCUUUGGCCUGAGGGUGGAGGACGUGCAGGACAUGGACAGGAAGGGAUAUAACGCCAGAGUGUUCUACGAGCGUCUGCCGGACCUGAAACUGGCGGUGGAUCAGAUCCAGAACGGCUUCUUCAGUCCCACAGAACCAGGACUCUUCAGAGACCUGGUCCACAUGUUGAUGAACCACGACAGGUUUAAGGUUUUCGCAGACUUUGAGUCGUACGUGCGGUGUCAGCAGCGAGUCAGUGACCUCUACAAGGAUCCUAAAGAGUGGACGAGGAAGGUGAUCCGAAACAUCGCGGCGUCGGGAAAGUUCUCCAGCGACCGAACCAUCGCUCAGUACGCCUCUGAGAUCUGGGGAGUGGAACCGUCCGGCGUGAAGAUCCCGCCGCCCAACGAGCCGCCGCUCGAAGUUAGUAAGUGAUCAGCGAGAGGAGAGGAAACCCGAUCAAACGCUGACGUGUCUUCAGUAAUGUGAAUUUUAUACUGUUGAUCUAUGUUAAAACAAACCUCACGAUGUUCAGUAGUGACAUCACAGCCAAAGCUCAGCAUGAUGUCAUAACACGUUAAACAGACAGUUCACGGUUGUUGUUUUUUUUUUAAACGUGUGGCUGUGAGCGCCGCCCCUUAAUGUGAUAUCUAAGUCACAUGUUCACGUCUUUAACUCACUGUUAGACGUUUGUAAACCACUCAUUCUCCCACACCAAACCCCAUAGAGAAAAUCAGUGAUUUUAACUUAACACACAAGCGUUGUUGGUCCUCUGCUGCCUCGUGAGGUCACUUUGUGUCACUUGCAUAAACUUGAACAGGAAUUGACAAAAUCAAACAUUUGAACCUGGUGAUGGAGGCAGCAGUGGAUCAACAACUCUUGUGGGCUGUGAAGUUAAAAUCACUGAUUUUCUCUAUGGGGUUUGGUUUGGUUUGGGAGAGUGAGUUAAAGACGUCAACAUGUUCUUAAAACAUUGUCUUUUUGUUUUAUGGCUAAAAUCAGCAGCAGGGGGCGCUCACAGCACUUCAUCCAACCACAUGUUCAAAAACUUGAACUUUUGAUUUUAUGAUGAAUUACCUCAUGUCAGUUUUAACUCUGUCAUUUAAACAGAGCAGGGGAUUCUGCCAUAUAAUUUCAUAGAUGCAUUAUGGGAAAUGAAGUCUAGUCAGAAUCAGUGUUCACUCUUCAUUAUGUACUGUAUGUCUCCACACACACACACACACACACGACUGCACCUGAAA